CCCGCGAGCGGGAGGGAAGUUGUUCCCUCCCGGCCCCCGCCGGUGCCCCUGCCCUCCCUCCCCUCGGUUCCUGCGCCGGGGGUGAGACAAGCACAACCUCAGGGAGACCCGGCCCUGCGCACAGACACCGGCGGCCCCCCCGCCGGAGCCCCGGAGGAGGAAGGCGGCCCCUUCCCUCGUCCUGCAGCGCCCGGAGCCUUCGGACCCUCCGUGUGCCCGGCAGGCACCUGUCCCGCCUGGAGGCAGCUCUCGUGGACUAACCGGCCCCCUGCGCCUCAAGUACAUUCUGUGGACAUAAGCAUUUUUUAACUUUUUAAAGAACUUUUUCCCCGUGGAAUUUUUACCGGCUGCCCCUUAGUUAUUUCCUGCUUCUCCCAUCUCAGACAGCGCUGACUUUGUUUUUUCCUGGUACUGUGGUAUGGGAAUCAAAUCAAAGCCGAGAUUUUAGGUAUUGCAAGAGCCCUCAAGUCCAUUCACCUGUUUAAAGUGAGCAGUGCCGUUCCUGUCUUUCUUCUUUUUCCCCACGUCGCCUGUCGGAUGUGAUGGAACUCAUGUUCGCAGAGUGGGAGGACGGGGAGAGGUUUUCAUUUGAAGACUCCGAUCGCUUUGAAGAAGACUCUCUUUGUUCCUUCAUCUCUGAGGCAGAGAGCCUUUGCCAGAACUGGAGAGGAUGGAGAAAGCAAUCGGCUGGACCCAAUUCCCCCACUGUCAAAAUGAAAGAUGGGCUGGUGAUCCCAUUGGUGGAACUCUCUGCAAAACAGGUUGCAUUUCACAUUCCAUUUGAGGUGGUGGAGAAAGUUUAUCCUCCAGUGCCUGAACAACUGCAACUUCGAAUCGCCUUCUGGAGUUUCCCAGAAAAUGAGGAGGAUAUCAGGUUGUACUCGUGCUUGGCGAAUGGCAGUGCAGAUGAGUUCCAGCGAGGGGAGCAGCUCUUCCGGGUGAGGGCUGUCAAAGACCCACUCCAGAUAGGUUUCCAUCUGAGCGCCACUGUGGUGCCCCCACAGAUGGUGCCCCCCAAGGGCGCCUACAACGUGGCGGUGAUGUUUGACCGGUGCCGGAUCACAUCGUGCAGCUGCACCUGCGGUGCCGGGGCCAAGUGGUGUGCUCACGUCGUGGCGCUCUGCCUCUUCCGCAUCCACAACGCAUCUGCAGUGUGCUUACGAGCACCUGUUUCUGAGUCUUUGUCUCGGCUACAAAGAGACCAGUUGCAAAAAUUUGCUCAGUACCUAAUCAGUGAACUUCCACAGCAGAUUCUUCCAACAGCUCAGCGCUUGCUGGACGAGUUGUUAUCUUCUCAGUCUACUGCCAUCAACACAGUGUGUGGAGCCCCAGAUCCCACUGCUGGACCUUCUGCAUCAGAUCAAAGCACCUGGUACUUAGAUGAAUCUACUCUGAGUGACAACAUAAAGAAAACCCUUCACAAAUUCUGUGGACCCUCUCCUGUUGUUUUCAGUGAUGUGAAUUCCAUGUAUCUGUCUUCCACUGAGCCACCAGCUGCUGCUGAGUGGGCUUGUCUGCUGCGUCCCCUGCGAGGGAGAGAACCGGAAGGAAUCUGGAACUUGCUUUCCAUCGUGCGGGAGAUGUUUAAGAGGCGGGAUAGCAACGCGGCUCCUUUGCUGGAGAUUCUGACUGACCAGUGUCUCAACUAUGAGCAGAUAACGGGCUGGUGGUACAGUGUGCGAACAUCCGCGUCGCACAGCAGCGCUAGCGGGCACACGGGACGCAGCAAUGGCCAGUCAGAAGUGGCUGCUCACGCUUGUGCAAGCAUGUGUGAUGAGAUGGUGGUUCUUUGGAGGCUGGCUGUCCUCGAUCCAACUAUCAGUCCACAGAGGCGCAGGGAUCUUUGCUCACAGCUCAGACAGUGGCAGCUGAAAGUCAUAGAUAAUGUUAAGAGGGGUCAGCACAAGAAAUCACUGGAGAAGCUCUUCCAAGGUUUCAAGCCAGCUGUAGAAGCCUGUUACUUCAACUGGGAGGAAGCUUAUCCCAUUCCUGGGAUUACAUAUAGCAGCACUGACAAGAAGAACUCCUUCUGUUGGGUAAAGGCCAUCCAGCAGAGGAGUUGCCGGUUGCAGUGCACAGAAAGUGCCUGUGAGGCUGGUAGGAGCCAGGCCCAGGAGCCCGGGGGACCGUGUCUGCAGCCCGGGGACAGGCUGCGGCCCUCUCCCCAGGAGCCAGCUGUUCGUCCCAAAGAACUUACUGGAAAGCGGAAAGUUGUCUCUGAAACGCCACAGAGGGUUCUGAGACGGCUCUCGGCAGAAGGGGAUAAAGCUGUCUAUAAGACUGCAGUGAGCAAAGCAAAGUUGCCAGUGAGCAAAGGCUUGACCAGUAAACAUAGUGGGAAACGCCGUAUGAGCAGUGAGGACAGCUCUCUGGAGCCAGACUUGGCAGAGAUGAGCCUGGAUGACAGCAGCUUGGCGCUGGGGGCAGAAGCCAGCAACACCUUUAGUUUUACAGAAAGUCCGUUGAGCAGGAGCUACAGGGACGCCUUUGAGGAGGAUGCUGGAGUGUACUUCUCUGAGGGACCUGAGCCCCCUGUCAGGAGCAGUUCCAUGGCCAAGAAAUCCCCCAAGGAUCCUGUGGGGGAGAUGGGUAGCGGCGACGACGACCUGCCUUCCGCGGAUGAGAACUCUGGUGGUGUGAGUCUCAAGCCAGAAGAAGUGGGAGAGAAUGGUGCAGCAGGGGGAGGGGAUGAUGGAGAAGAGGAAGAUGAUUACCAGGUGUAUUAUCUGAAUCCACAAGAGGUAGCCAAGGAAGAUGAUGACAAAGCUGAAGGAGGAAUUGAAGAGGAGCAGGAUAUAUUUGCUGGUAUAAAGCCUCUGGAACAGGAGAACCGGAUGGAGAUCCUGUUUGCCUGUGCAGAGGCGCUGUAUGCACAUGGAUACAGUAAUGAGGCUUGCCGCUUGACUGUAGAACUUGCCAGGGACCUACUGGCCAACCCUCCAGAUCUCAAAGUGGAGCAGCCACCAACUAAGGGCAAAAAGAACAAGGUGUCAACCAGCAAGCAGACGUGGAUGGCAACCAACACCUUGUCUAAAGCUGCUUUCUUGCUGACUGUCUUGAGUGAGCGGCUGGAGUACCACAACCUGGCCUUCCGAAUAGGAAUGUUUGCUCUGGAGCUGCAGAGACCACCUGCCUCUACCAAGGCUCUGGAGGUGAAGCUGGCUUAUCAAGAAUCUGAGAUUGCAGCCCUAUUGAAGAAGAUUCCCUUGGGCACCAAUGAGAUGAACACUAUUCGAGGAAGAGCUGAAGAACUGCGAGAAGGGACAUUGUGCGAUUACCGUCCUGUCCUGCCUCUGAUGUUGGCAAGCUUUAUAUUUGAUGUCCUGUGCACUCCAGUGGUUUCUCCUACAGGCUCCAGACCCCCAAGCCGUAAUUGGAAUAAUGAAAUGCCUGGAGAUGAAGAGCUUGGUUUUGAGGCAGCUGUUGCUGCUCUUGGUAUGAAAACAACUGUCAGUGAAGCAGAACAUCCUCUGUUGUGUGAAGGCACACGAAGGGAGAAAGGGGAUCUGGCUCUAGCCCUGAUGAUUAUUUACAAGGAUGAUCAGUCCAAGCUGAAGAAGAUUUUAGACAAACUCCUGGACAGAGAGAGUCAAACUCACAAACCACAGACACUGAGUUCCUUCUACUCAUCCAGCAAGCCUACAGUUGCAAAUCAAAAAUCUCCUUCCAAACAUGCUGCCCAGUCUGCUGCAGCUAUCCAGCAGCUUCCAGGGACUUCUGUCACACAGCAAGCUGCUGUAAGCACUGCAGUCCAGAGCAGUCCUGAGAACUUUGUGGAGAAGAGUACACAGGAGAGCUCUCAGAGGUCCCCAUGUGAGCCAGCUGCAGAGGCCACUGUUUUGAAACAAGAGGGAAAGGUGCCCAGUCGUCUGGCCCUUGGGAACCGAGGUGGAUACAAUGGGAGAUGCUGGGGUUCACCUGUGAGGCAGAAGAAGAAACACACAGGCAUGGCCAGUAUUGACAGCAGUGCUCCUGAAACAACCUCUGACAGUUCUCCAACGCUCAGUCGGCGUCCCCUACGUGGGGGCUGGGCAACAACAUCCUGGGGCAGAGGACAAGAUAGUGACAGCAUCAGCAGUUCUUCAAGUGAUUCGCUGGGAUCUUCCUCUUCCAGUGGCAGUAGGAGAGCCAGUGGGGGAGCCCGUGCAAAGACUGUGGAAGUUGGCAGGUAUAAAGGGAGGCGGCUGGAGAGCCAUGCUCCUCAUGUCCCAAACCAGCCCUCAGAGGCAGCUGCUCACUUCUACUUUGAAUUGGCCAAGACAGUCCUUAUCAAAGCAGGUGGAAACAGCAGUACCUCUAUCUUCACCCACCCUUCCUCCAGUGGUGGGCACCAGGGACCACACCGCAACCUUCACCUCUGCGCCUUUGAGAUUGGGCUGUACGCGCUAGGGCUGCACAACUUUGUGUCUCCCAACUGGCUCUCUCGAACUUACUCCUCCCACGUCUCUUGGAUCACAGGGCAGGCCAUGGAGAUUGGUAGCGCAGCCUUGAACAUCUUGGUGGAGUGUUGGGAUGGACAUCUAACUCCCCCAGAGGUGGCAUCAUUGGCAGACAGAGCUUCACGGGCCAGAGACUCCAACAUGGUGCGGGCAGCUGCUGAACUGGCACUCAGCUGCCUGCCUCAUGCCCACGCCCUGAACCCAAACGAGAUCCAGAGGGCUCUGGUGCAGUGUAAGGAACAGGACAACCUGAUGCUGGAAAAGGCCUGCAUGGCAGUAGAAGAGGCGGCCAAAGGAGGUGGUGUGUACCCAGAAGUCCUCUUUGAAGUAGCUCAUCAGUGGUACUGGCUUUACGAACAGACUGUUGGCGGCACCCCGGCGCAGAGAGAAGGUGCCACCGGCUGCAGCGCCGGUGGCGCGCGGGCCGCGUCUGAAGCGGCGCGUGGCGUGGCAGACAGCCGCGUGACCUCGGAGCCGACCGCGGUGACGGUGGCGGCCGCGGUAACUGCGGCAGCCACCGUCAUGCCGGUGAUCUCUGUGGGGUCGACCAUGUACCAGCAGCACACGGUGGCAGGGCCAGCAAUGGCGCACACGCAGGGUCUCCACCCUUACACCACCCUUCAGACUCACAUCCCCUGCAAUCCCCAGUAUAUCGGACACACUAUCCAGCACAUGCCGCGCCCAGCUGUCUUCCCGGUCCCUGGCUCGGCGUAUCCGCAGGGUGUCCAUCCAGCAUUCAUAGGGGCUCAGUACCCUUACUCAGUAACAGCACCGUCACUGGCAGCUACAGCUGUGUCCUUCCCUGGCGUGCCCGUCCCCUCCAUGACGCAGAUUGCGGUGCAUCCUUAUCACAGCGAGACGGGACUGUCGCUGUCUUCCAAUGUAGCGCUAGGCAGUGUCCAUGCAGGAUCAACGUUCCCAGCGAUUCAGGGUGCUUCCUUGACAACUCUGUCCUCACAGCCCAACUCCCUUGUUACAGGGGGUUUUCCUGCUGAAGAUGAGCAGCACAGUCAGCCUGUGAGCCCCCAGGGUCUGCACUACCUCCACUCUGCAUACCGAGUUGGGAUGCUGGCACUGGAGAUGCUUGGCCGAAGAGCUCACAACGACCAUCCCAACAACUUCUCCCGCAGCCCGCCCUACACUGAGGAUGUAAAAUGGCUCCUGGGGUUAGCUGCAAAGUUAGGUGUCAACUACGUGCAUCAGUUUUGUGUUGGUGCAGCCAAGGGGGUGCUGAGCCCUUUUGUGCUUCAGGAGAUCAUCAUGGAAGCUCUACAGAGGCUCAACCCUGCCCAUGUGCACAACCACCUGCGCACCCCAGCCUUCCACCAGCUGGUGCAGAGGUGCCAGCAGGCCUAUAUGCAGUACAUCCAUCACCGGCUGAUCCAUCUCACUCCAGCUGACUACGAUGACUUUGUGAAUGCCAUCCGCAGCGCCAGAAGCGCCUUCUGCCUGACUCCCAUGGGCAUGAUGCAGUUCAAUGACAUCCUCCAGAACCUAAAGCGCAGCAAGCAGACAAAGGAGCUGUGGCAAAGGGUCUCUCUGGAAAUGACCACCUUCUCGCCAUGACGUCGGGCGGAGCUCCACGGACACGCGACCCUUAGCCCAACAUAGCCGUAGUUCCAUUUACACCAUCCUUCCUUCUGGUGUCUUUUUUUAUUUUAGUUUUAACUUGUUGGAAACCACUGAGCUGAUGUAUUUAUACCAUGACAUUCCUCUCCAGCACUGUUGCGUGUUGGCGCUCUGCUUCGCUCGCUCUUCCUCCUCCUUCUCAGUGGGCUGCAGGCUUCAGAAGCAUCAGAAAAUGAGAAGGAAGUUGAGCUGGCUGCCCUGUGGUGUAGUCACCGCUUUUUUCCCUGAGCCCCUGGAGGCUGUUCUGCGAGCAGUUCGCAGUGCGAUUACGCACGUGUUAGAGGGGUUGGGGAUUCUGUCUUUAAAUAUUUAUUUUUGGCAUUUAUAAAUAUGUAAACUUUUUUUUUUUUUUUUUUAAUGGGCUUCUCUUACUUCACACACCAUCUCCUGUUGGGGAGUGGCUGGAACUGCUGUGCACAGCAAGUGCUCCCUCCAUCCCUUUCAGCAACUCCUGGUGAGAGAAGCUGAGACUGGGGUAGCAGGGCCAGGGCCAGCUUUCUGCAGCAGCUGAGGCCAGAGGCUGGAGCAUGGGCAAGUGGGUCCUUGACUGCACUGAGCUGCCUGGAGACUGCCAGAAGUGCUUGGGCUCUUUCUCAGGAGUGUCCCUCACUGGGUACUGCUGGCUCAUAGAAUGUUUUGAUCCUGGUUGUUUUGAGUUGUACAAUCCUCUUUCUUUUGGCUGGGGUAUUACUCUCCUGUAAUCAGUUUCUUAUCCCUUGUUUCUUCUCGUUUCCUGAUUAAACACUUGUUUUCUUAGACUGACUCUCUGCUAUGAUGUUGGCAGUCUGAAGGAGCUGGCCAGCUGUGUGGCAGUGGGAGCUUCUGUUAGCCCCGGUAGGUGGCUGCUGUGCUCUGGGGAGCAGCAAUCCAGCACAAGCUGGAGCCUAAAGGUUUCUUGCCUGGUACUGCUCUGAGAAUGACGUGCCUCUGCAGAGGCUGAGCUCCGUGUUUGAUGGGUGAUGGCAGAGUUGGUGGUGAGCCUGGGCUGCUCUGCCUACAGUUCUGUCAGUCACUGGUUUUCUUUUCUAGCCUUGAUACUGUGUGAUAAUACAGAGUCCUGUGUUUCCCAAGUAUUGUGUAGAACAGCAGCUGCUCCCAUGUAUUGAGAGAGGUAUUUGGUGGACUGUGAAAGCUAUCUAAUUGGGACAGCAUUGCAGAAAAUUAAGUUUAGAUAGCUUAGGUGUAUAAGCAUAUAAAUUUUAGGGCCUUUAAGAGUGGAAGUUAGAUGACUCAUGGAUGUUAAGAAUCCAGUCUCUCAAUAGUAGUGUAUUUUGCUUCUUACUUGGGUUUAGCCAAGGAGCUUUGGUUUCUACAAGUUAGAAAUAUGUGCCUGUUUGAUAUUUCAAUUAUACUCUUCAAGAAUAAAGUAACUCAGAGGCACAGAGCAAAAAAGAAGACCAGGCUCUUUUGGUUUGGCUUUGUAUCCUGCAUGGGCCAGAGAGUAUGGCUGAGGGUCCUCUUGUGAUUGUGCAACAGUAACUAUUUGAAGAUCUCCUUUUAGCUCCUUAUAUUCCUCCAUAAGGUGUCUAGUUACGUGCUAACUAGAAAUGCAGAUGGUAGCAAUAAUGGGUCAAGUUCUGUGGUUUUUAAACUAAAGUCUGUGUUGAUUAUGAGUUGCCUGUUACUGGGCAAAACACUGGAGAGCACAGCCUGAUGAUGUGUGGAAGGAUUGGGUUCUGAGAACACUUUCUGUACAUGUUCUUGCAUGUUCAGAACUGUGAAAGGAGCUUAGAGAAAAAUGAGUUGUCUAAUAAAGUCUAAUCUUUCCCUUUCUAAUGUUAUAGGUGAAAAUCUGUGGAAGAGAAAGGGAGCAUGUUUUAGAAGGAAAGCCAGAAGGGAAAUGGGCAGAAGAGCUGAAUGUAAAGUAUCAGGAGCAGAAGUGGAGCAUUAAGGAUUUGGAUUGAAUAGGGAAAUGAAACGUCAGAGCCUCAUCUCUGAUACUGGUUGGAAAAAUACACUUAGACGCUGAGCAGGCAAGUUUUCAGACCACUGUGUCUGUUACUUUGUGUUUGUUCUUGAGCCCUGUCCUGUGGAAUAUAUCUGAGCAACGACAGAAGAAAGUGAGGAAGGAGAUGAUGAUGUUUUUUCUUGCCAUGUGUCUGUGAAGUUAUUGAGGUAUUUUUCCUGUAUAAGAGAUGGGAUGAGCCCUGAUGUCCCCAGAAGCAUUAAUUUCCUGUUAAAACAGAACAAUUAUUACCCACUGCAGUCUUGUUAGUUUGGCCACUGUUCUAAGAGUGGGAAAAAAUACAUAGGCUUAGAAAUUCUGAAAAGACAUUUCACCAGAAGACCUGGAAAAGAGGUUGUAGACAACUCAAAUUUAUUUUGACUUUCAGUUAACCCAUGUGUUUUUUCACUUGGAGUAAAUGUUCUCCAGGACUUUCCCAGCAACACAUGCAGUGUCUCUGGACAUGUUCACCUCUUACCAUCUUUCUUGCCUGUGAAAAUUUUCUUUUGGAGGCACUUUCCGGGAAUGUGAGUUAACAGAACAGUGUUUGUCUUUGGAUUUGCAUCUUUACAGCCCAUGAACAAGGUGAGUUGGAGCUGUCCUGUAUGAAAUUAUGUGCCUGGCAACAGCUAUGGCUGGAAUUAGCUGAAAAGCCCCCCUCUGUCUAGUUUUGUUUACAGUCCUUCCUAUUUAUUUGGGACUUGUAUUUUGGUUUUUGGAGAGCCCAUUUAUAUUGUAAUAAGGUAGCCGAGACUCCAUUUUCUUCAUGGAGGAAAAGCCAAUUCUUUAUUCACGUAACUUAUUUUAUACCGUUUUCACAGACCUCGUGUGCAGCACCUAUUGGCUGGUGGUUUUCUUACUACUUCAUUUUUUGGUCAGAAGGUGGUUUGUGUACGUGCUGAGAUUCAGGUUUACAUUUUUCCUUUAUGGGUUCCCAUAGCACAGAUCUUAUUGUUUACAGAUGAACCAUGUGUGCAAUCAGGAGCUGCCAUUACUGAAGAGUGGUUUUGCUUGUAAAGACUGACUGUGCUCUGUAAACAAGUGACUUUUUAUCUUGAGGGCAGUGUCUGCUCCCUGUUACAGUAUUCAUAAGUACUUUGUGCUGUCCAGGCUGCACUGCACAAUUCCUUUCUUGCCAUGAAGGGGAUGAGAGCUGUGAGGGGAAAAUGGUGGAAAUGCAUUAAAUCUAGUACAUAUCUGGUAUAUGCUCAUAGCAUGCACUGUAAACAGGGACUGGGUCCCUGACAUUUCCUUCCAGCUCAUACUUACAUUGCCUCAUUUAAGUCAGCCAGGAACUUUUUCUCUAAGUCCUGAAAAGCACCUUUUCCAGUGACCUGAGGGGUUAUGGCCCAGCCUGAUUUAUGAUCCUGUUACUGUAAGUGACAUAACCUCGAGCUGGAUUCUGACUGCUGGCAUGGUGUCACCGCUAUGGACCCAGGUUUACAAGCAUUGUGGAGAGACCUGAGAGCUGACAAAGCCGUGGAGAUGAGAAAGGUGAGAAACCAAGUCUUGGAAGAAAGUAGAUUAUUUCUUUCUACAUAGAAUAGUGGAGAUGAGUGUCAGGAAUGCUUGUUGUAGCCAAACCAGCCUGCUAAGUGUUUCAGAGGUGAAUAUUACUUGGUUUGUUGUGGUUUUUAACCCCCACAAGCCUUUAAGAAAAAAACAAACAAAUAAAAUGAUAAAUGGAGAGGAGGUACCAGUAGUGCUCCAUCCGUGUUCUGCUGUGUGAUGGGGGAUGGGAUUCCUGGCUUGAAGCAGCCUGAAAAUACUCGUAUGGGUUGGCUGUUACUGUGGUGGUGUCUUCUGCAGUUCCACUAGCAGGAUUCACCAGGGGGGCUGAGCAGAUUUGUUUGAUUCAUUUGGCAUGUUCAGACUUGUUUACCUGUUUAUUACUACUGCUAGAGCAAAAUGAUGGGCAAGGAAUCAAAGGGUUUUCUUGCCGACUGCAUGCAAUGGCUGAAACACAACAGGAUGAGGUUGAUCAAGUGGCUUGUUAGAUUCCUGUGUGUCAUUCUGACUUCCAGGAGGUGCAGGCUUCUGUCAGGAAUAUUUGUCUUUGCAGUGCUGUCAUCAAAUGAAAAUUGCAAUUUUCAGCCAUCAGCUUUUUUGUGUAGAAUUGAUACAUGCUGCCACCUACAGAGAAAUUCUCCAGUUCCCUUAGAAGGUCUUCACCCUAGCAUUGAGAUUUGUACCAGUGUUCCCUGAAUGUUGUACUCACUAGAAAGAGGCAGCAGGCAACUUUUAAGUAUCUUCCUGGCUGAAUUCCUGAGGUGGUGUGCAAGCACAAGCUCCAGAGAGUUUCCUAUUGCUUUACAAAUUCUCAGCUUUCAUGCAUGCAUUAGAAUCAUGUUACCUUCUGGUCCCUGGGUCAAAUUAUUCCUUUUUACAUGGGACACUUGCAUCAGACUAAAGAAGUAUUUUUUAAUACAUUACCAAAAAACUCCUUAAGGUUCUGGUUUGUGCUUACCAUUUUCCUUGUCUUAGAAGUGAACUGGUUACUGUGAACUUCUGCUACCAAGCAGUGAGGCAAGAAGGUGAGGUUUGUUCCCACUAUGGAAGGGUGAGGAUCUGGAAUGGUUCAGUGCCAAAUGGGUCAGUAUCUAAUACCCAGUGUCUCUCACUAAAAAAGAUGGAGUUUGUUGGCUUCUUGGUAUCACAGAGCAUCUGAUACUACACAAGCUUCUCUUAGGAGGCAGUGUUUGAUUCCACAGCUUUGGAGAGGUGUCUGGAAAGGGGGAACUCCUGCAUCCAUGUGCUGUCAGAGAGGUAGCACAUUUGAAAACAGCUCUUCAUCAGGUACGGACAUCCACAGCAGGUGCUUUGUUUUUCAUUAGCAGAAGCAGUAAGAACUAGUGCAGUACAGAAAUUAAGCAAGUAAGGAGGGAAGGAGUAGAUAAUGACACACCACAGUUGUCCUUCACUGCCUUACCAGUAAAGUAACACUGAUAGGUUUUGUGCCCCUCCCAACAUUUAUUCCUCACACCGUGUUUAUUUCUACUGGGCAUCUCCUCAAGCAUGUACCAUACUCUGAGGUAAAGCAUGAAGUAAUUGUGUGACAACCUCUAAUGAAUGAAGAGCAGGAAAACGUUUAAGGGAGCGGUACAAUCUGGUCCUGGGAUCCUCCACCUCCUGGGGCAGCAUGUGAAAAUAGCUGCCUUGCUGCUGCCAGGGGUAUUAGUGGAGUGUCUCGUGGAGGGAGAGCACUAGGCCUGUUUCACAAUGCUCUCACAACCCUGCCUAUUCAAUGUUUUCCUUCCAGUUUUUACUGUACUGGACAGGAGGGCAGAGCCAAGCUCUGCUAUUGCAGGCACAGCAGCUGGAUCUCUGCAGUAGCCAGGAAUGGCUCCAAGGCCACCACUUGCAAACCAGUAAGAAUGCGUCCCAAACUCCAGGCUGGCUGCAAGCUUUAACAC